AUGGCAGUAUCCCUUGAUGAGGUCAAUGUCCUCAUCCUGCGAUACCUAAAGGAAAGCGGCUUCGAUCAUACAGCAUAUGUUUUUGAAAAUGAAUCGUUUUUAGCUUCAUCAAACGUUAAUCUCGCGAGUAUACCUCCUAAUGCGCUUAUAGCAGUACUUCAGAAGAGCUUAAUAUACAUGAAGAACCAGAAAGCAAUUCAGAAUGCAAGAAAAGAUCCAAACAACAAAAUCCACAAAGAUUUACUCGAAUUAGAGGAGAAAUUCCCGAUUAAAGAAACGCAGUUUGUCGAUGUUACUGAGUCACAGCUCAUCGCAUCAGCAUCAAUUCAGCAUCCAUAUCGACCUCAGUCAGAGAUACAAGAAACAAUCAGUUUAUCGCCAUCGGUUGCCUCCAUUCUUGCUAAGCAUACAGCUGAUGUUUAUUCUUGCUGCUGGUCGCUUGAUGGAUCCCAUCUCGUGACAGCUGGCGCUGACGGAGUUUCCAUUAUUUGGACAAUCGAGAAUGGAAAGCCCGUUUCUGACCAAAACAUCAACGUUCAGUUCAAACCCGAAUCCGUCGAUCAUGAUUUUUCAGACGUUUCUAUUUCAUGCGAGAAUUUAAUCGCAUUAGGCAGUUUUGAUGGCUGUGCUUACAUAUGCGAUAUGAACGGCAACCAAUUACAUUGCUUAGAAGGCAAAGCGUUUAUUUACGGCGUAUAUUUUUCUCCAAAUGGAAAAAAGUUAUUAACAAUUUCAGCCGAUAGAUCAGUAAUUGUCUGGUCAUCCGACGGCAAACAAUUAAACAAGUUCGAUAUGCAUUCAGACGCUAUACUUACCGCAGGCUGGCGCAAUAAUAAUGUUUUUGCCACGGGAGGAGCCGACGGAAACAUCGUUGUCUACGAUCUUUCGCUUAAUUCUACAGAAAUACUAAAGGGCCAUACGUCCAAAAUUAAUAAAAUCGCAUGGUCUGUCAAUGGAAUCCUCGCAUCUGGAAGUUACGAUAACCAAAUCCGUAUCUGGCGUGAGGACGGAACUUGCAGUAAUGUUCUCAAUGGCCACACAAAGCUGAUCUCUGAUUUGAAGUGGAAACCAAACAGUGACAGAAUUCUCGCUUCAAGUUCGACCGAUCAGACAGUAAUUAUGUGGGAUGCUCAGACUGGAACACAACUUAAUUCGGCUCAGCACCACAAAGACGACAUUUUGUCGAUUGAUUUCUCUUCAUCAGGUGCUUUUUUGGCAUCUGGCGGUUACGACGGUAUCGUUUCUGUAUCUGACGUGGCCAACUCGAAACAUGUUGUUUCUUUCGAGGGAACUUCGAAGAUUUAUGAUUUGAAGUGGUCGCCGGACAAUGAAAGUAUCGCUGUUUGUUUUGCUGAUUCUACUGUUGCAAUUAUUCAUAUGAAAAUGUAUAUAAACAAAUAA